CCUCUCCCCUCUUCCUCCUGCUCCGUUGCCCUGGCAACACCCAGAGCGCGUCCGCUGCUCGGUAACAGAAAGGAGAGGAAGAUGGAGGAGAGCACUGUGAGAGACGUCGAGACUGGCAGUGAAGCUGGAGGUGAGGAUGCCUUGGUAGGGAAUGUGAACAAACUGAUGGUGAGCCCACCAGGUUACUCUGGAGCACCACGGAAAGGACAUCUGGUUUUUGAUGCUUGCUUUGAGAGUGGGAACCUUGGCCGAGUUGACUACAUCAGCGAGUUUGAGUUGGACCUCUUCAUCCGGCCAGACACCUGCAACCCUCGCUUCAGAGUCUGGUUCAACUUCACAGUGGAGAAUGUCUGUGAGACACAGAGAGUCAUUUUCAAUGUGGUCAACUUCUCCAAAACAAAGAGCCUAUACAGAGAUGGCAUGUCUCCUGUUGUCAAGUCUACCAGCAGACCAAAAUGGCAGAGGCUUCCUGCGAAAAAUGUCUACUACUACCGUUGCCCUGACCACCGGCGCAACUAUGUCAUGUCCUUUGCCUUCUGUUUCGACCGAGAGGAUGACGUCUACCAGUUUGCCUACUGCUACCCCUACACCUACUCAAGACUGCAGCACUACCUGGGCAGCCUGGAGCGCAGGAACCUGCCCUACCUGCAGAGGGAGCAGCUGGGCCUCAGUGUGCAACAAAGACGUCUCGAUCUGUUAACCAUCACCAACCUUGAUCACUCAGGUCCAGAGAAGGAAAAGAAGCUGGUCUUUCUUACAUCUCGAGUUCACCCUGGAGAGUCCCCUGCUUCCUUUAUAUGUCAAGGUGUUAUAGACUUCCUGGUGAGCCAGCAUCCUGUGGCCCAGAUCCUAAGAGAUCAUGUGAUCUUCAAGAUUGUCCCAAUGCUGAAUCCUGAUGGAGUCUACCUGGGCAACUACAGGUGUUCUCUGAUGGGCUUCGACCUGAAUCGCCACUGGCAGGAUCCCUCUCCAUGGGCACACCCCACACUGCACGCUGUCAAACAACUCAUAGUGCAGAUGAACCAAGACCCAGUGAGUUUCUCCUUACGUGAACUUUUCCGUUGA